ACGGGCUCCAACUUCCUGUGUGAUCUCCGUUCAGCUGAGUUCAGCCUGGCUGCCUCUCCGCUCCGGGAGGCUCGUCGCCCUGCACGCCGGGGAGGAGGGAGGCUUCAGUGGGUGGUGUAUGGCUGGGAGAGACGCCUGGGAGCUCCGUGCACCAGCAGCAGCAGUAGCAGCGGCAGCAGCGGCCAUACAUGUGGAUUGUUUUGGGUCAAACCGUUCCUGCUCCCCCGCCUCCCUGCGCCUCCGGGAGGCCGCCUCGGCUCAGCAGCGUCGCCGCAGAUAGCGUGAGUGAAGCGGGGCUGCCGGCCCUGGUGCUCACCCCGGCCUUCAUCACCAUCACCCGCCUCUGCUAGGGAGCUACGAGGAGCCGCUAACAAGCUGCUACAUCAAGCCCCGCAGGAAGUCCGGAGAAAGGAGGGGAGGAGCGGCCGGGCGGCAGCAUCGCGCCGUGCAUGGUGCUGCGGUGUCGGAGGGAGUGGAUGAGCUGCCGGAGCUGACCCAGAGAUGGCUGUCCUCAAACUGGCCGACCAGCCUCCUCUCAUCCAGGCGAUCUUCAGUGGAGACCCUGAAGAGAUCCGUAUGCUCAUAUACAAGUCUGAAGACAUCAAUGCUCUGGAUGCAGAGAAGCGCACCCCGCUGCAUGCAGCCGCCUUCCUGGGCGACGCCGAGAUCACCGAGCUCCUCAUCCUCUCUGGGGCUCGAGUUAACGCCAAAGAUAAUAUGUGGCUCACCCCCCUCCAUCGCGCUGUCGCAUCUCGGAGCGAGGAGGCGGUGCGAGUUUUGAUCCGCCACUCGGCCGACGUGAAUGCGCGGGACAAGAACUGGCAGACGCCGCUGCACGUCGCUGCAGCUAACAACGCACUACGAUGUGCUGAGGUCAUCAUCCCGCUGCUGAGUAGCGUCAACGUGUCGGACCGUGGUGGACGCACCGCCCUGCAUCACGCCGCCCUCAAUGGCCACACCGAGAUGGUGAACCUCCUCCUCGCUAAAGGAGCCAACAUCAACGCCUUUGAUAAGAAAGAUGGCCGAGCGCUUCACUGGGCAGCUUUCAUGGGUCAUCUGGAUGUGGUUUGUCUCCUGGUGAGUCAGGGAGCAGAGAUCAGCUGUAAGGACAAACGGGGAUACACUCCCCUCCACACGGCGGCCUCCAGCGGGCAGAUCGCUGUGGUCAAACACCUGCUGAACCUGGCUGUGGAGAUCGAUGAGUCCAAUGCGUUUGGAAACACGGCGCUCCACGUGGCCUGUUUUAAUGGCCAGGACGCCGUCGUCAGCGAGCUCAUCGAUUAUGGCGCCAACGUCAGCCAGGCCAACAACAAGGGCUUCACCCCGCUGCACUUUGCCGCCGCCUCCACACACGGAGCGCUCUGUCUGGAGUUCCUGGUCAACAACGGGGCUGAUGUCAACGUACAGAGUCGGGACGGGAAGAGUCCUCUUCACAUGACGGCAGUUCACGGACGCUUCACUCGCUCUCAGACCCUCAUACAGAACGGCGGGGAGAUCGACAGUGUGGACAAAGACGGCAACACCCCUCUUCACAUUGCUGCCCGCUACGGUCAUGAACUCCUCAUCAACACGCUCAUCACCAGCGGAGCAGACUGCACGAGGCGAGGAGUCCACGACAUGUUCCCUCUCCACCUGGCUGCCUUGAACGCUCACUCUGACUGCUGCAGGAAGCUGCUGUCCUCAGGCUUCCAGAUCGACACUCCUGACAGUCUGGGGAGGACCUGCCUGCACGCUGCUGCUGCCGGAGGUAAUGUGGAGUGUGUGAAGCUGCUCCUCAGCAGUGGUGGAGACCACAACAGAAGGGAUAAGUGCGGCAGAACUCCGCUCCACUACGCCGCAGCCAGCCGUCAUUAUCAGUGUCUGGAGACUCUGGUUGCUUGCGGCACCGCCAUCAACGCCACCGACCAGUGGGGGCGCUCUGCCCUGCACUAUGCGGCUGCCUCGGACCUGGACAGGAGGCGCAGAGUUGCUCUGGAGCCGGAAAGUGAAGGAGUUCAGGCAGAGAGAGAGAAGGAGGCAGCGCUAUGUUUAGAGUUUCUGCUGCAGAGCGGAGCGACGGCCUCUCUGAAGGACAAACAGGGCUACAGUCCCGUCCACUACGCUGCAGCCUACGGACACAGGCACUGUCUGGAGCUGCUGUUGGACAGAGACGACAGUCACCAAGACGACCCCGAAACCCCGAACGCGAGGAGUCCGCUGCACCUCGCUGCGUACCACGGCCACGCUCAGGCUCUGGAGGUGCUGCUGCAGGGGGAGAGGGAGGUGGACCAGGGGGACGAGGCGGGGAGGACCCCCCUGGCUCUGGCCGCCCUGCGAGGCCACGCCGAGUGUGUUCACACCCUCCUCAGCCAGGGGGCGUCGCCGCGCACCACCGACACCCAGUACGGGCGCAGCCCUGUCCACCUGGCAGUGAUGAACGGUCACACGACGUGUGUGCGCCUCCUGCUGGAUGAAUCGGACAGUGCAGACCUCGUAGAUGCCGCCGACUCUCAGGGACAGACUCCUCUGAUGCUGGCGGUGGCGGGAGGUCACGUGGACGCCGUUUCGCUGCUGCUGGAGCGGGAAGCCAAUGUGAAUGUGGCGAGUAACCAGGGUCUGACUGCGCUGCACCUCGGGCUGCUGUGUGGUCAGGAGGAGUGUAUCCAGUGUCUGCUGGAGCAGGAAGCCUCCGUUUUGCUCGGCGACUCCCGAGGUCGCACCGCCAUCCACCUGGCCGCCGCCAGAGGUCACGCCUCGUGGCUGAGCGAGCUGCUGAGCAUCGCCUGCUCGGAGCCGCCGUCCCUCCCCCCGCUGAGAGACCACAGCGGGUACACGCCGCUGCACUGGGCCUGCUACUACGGUCAUGAGGGGUGUGUGGAGGUGCUGCUGGAGCAGAAAGGUUGUCGCUGUAUUGAUGGGAACCCGUUCACCCCUCUGCACUGUGCUGUAGUGAACAAUCACGAGUCGUGUGCUUCUCUGCUGCUGGAGGCGAUGGGCUCCGACAUCGCCGGCUGCAAAGACGCCAAGGACAGGACUCCUCUUCACGCUGCAGCGUUCUCGGGUCACGUCGACUGCGUCCAGCUGAUCCUGUCCCACGAUGCACCUGUCGAUGCUGUGGACCAAUCAGGUCGCAAUGCACUGAUGAUGGCGGCUGAGAAGGGCAGAGUGGGAGCCCUCGAGGUGCUGCUGAGCAGCGCCGGUGCAAACCUCAGUCUGACGGACAAAGACGGAAACACCGCCCUGCACCUAGCCUGCAGCAACGGAAAAGAGGACUGCGUGAUGUUGAUCCUGGAGAAACUUUCUGACGCGGCGCUCGUAAAUGCCACAAAUGCAGCACUGCAAACUCCUCUCCACCUGGCGGCUCGUAGCGGUCUGAAGAAAGCGGUCCAGGAGCUGCUGACCAGAGGAGCCAACGUGCAGACGGUGGAUGAGAACGGUAGGACCUCUCCCCUCCAAACACUUUGUAGCCGCUGCAUGCAGUCGUCGUUGGUCAGCAUGAAUGUUUUCCUUCGAUCUGCAUCGACUGAUGGAUGUUUUUUAUAUGCUUCUUUACAUGUGCGCCGCAAAUGAGUCUUUAAAACAAGGUUCCCACUGGUCAGUUUGUGGAAUAUCAUUGAAUUUAAACAUGUUUAUACACGUAUAUUUUUAAAAAAAAACAAUGUUUUUGGCAUUUUUACAUAUUAGCAACCAUAUCAGCACUCCCCUGAUUUAGCAUUAGGAUGCAGACUGUAUGUUUGCAGGCUUUUGCAAAUUAGUUAUUUGAUGUUUUUUUUUAUAGCAUACCACACUAUGACCUUUUUAAAAAAAUGUUUUUU